GGCGCGGGAUCCAGAUGGCGCUUCUUACGAUAGCGCGCGCUCGCGCCGCCGGACAAGGACGGCGAACCCGGCCGUGGCCCCCCGAGAGUGAGAGCGAUGGCGAGAGAAAACAUGCGACAAAUGCAUCGCCGCCAGUAGUGCACGAAACGCGCUACGCUGCUACUGCUGCUACUGCUGCUGAUGCUAGCCAAGAGAGAGUCGUUCGGAUGAUCUUGGUCUGGGUCUCAUCCCGGACGCCUCGUUGCCUGGAACAGUUAUAAGGUGGACGUUUAAUAUCGGCGCGGAUUCGUUGCAAUAUCGAGAAGUUGACGACGAGCUCGUGCGGCAGUACAGCGGCAGCAUCAUCUACUACCUCUUGCUCUCUGUGAGUCUGUCUCUGUCUCUCGGCUCCGCGAGGCACGUCCACCGCAUAGCUUAUACACACGUCUGAGAGCGCCGAGUUGAUUUCCUGGCCACUCGCUGAUUCUAACCCCAAGUUGAAAGAGUUCUUGGACUAUCGGAGUCCGUGUGGAUAUACCUAUCGACUGCCGAGUAUCAUCAGGGAGUAAAUCAAAUCGGAGCCUGAGCAUACUUAGUCCCGUGUCUCCCUGCGACGGCCGGUGAUUUCCGACGACUGUCUACUUACUCCGACGGCGCGAGACGAGAUAACGCCCGUGUGUCUGGCUCGCGAUGUCCCGGACAUCGGGCCUCGUCGUCGAUUCAUCGUCGUCAUUCGCGGAAGGAUACGAGUAGCGACGCGACUGCACCAGCGAUGCCUCAGACCUACAGGUUUUAGUACAACGUGGCUAGAGAUCAACAGUGGAGAAUUAUGGCACGUCGGCGAAAAGUAGAGGCUAAAGCCUCUCCGAAACCACAGCCAGUGGCUUCUGCUGUAAGGAAGUCAACUAGACAAAGGGCAAAAAAGCAAUUGGAGGAGCAGAAAGUCAAUGGGGAUGUAUCCACAAACGUUGGUAAUUCUGAAGAUUGCAAGGAUCCUAAUGAAGAUAGUCAAGAGCCUGUUAAAAAAGUCAAUGCAGUUCCUAAAAAGUCAGGCAGACACAAAAAUUUAGUUGAAAAAACUAAGCCUACAACAGAGAGUGGGAAUAGUCAAAGUCAAGAAGGAGAGAGCGAUAAUAGUCAGGAUGAUCAAGGAGCUGAACAGAUCCCAAUUGAAAAAUUGGACACCGUUGAGGUUGAAGAACAAGUUACUGCCACUGAAAAUACGUUAGACCAAGUUGUUUGGUCCGAAGAUGUUAUAGAAGAGACUAUCAUUUGUGAAGAAAUGGAAGUCGAAACCGAAAUGACCGAUGGAUGUUCUAUAGCACAAGAUGGCAGUGUUGUGGUCGAGCAGGUAAUACUCAUGAAUGAUGAUCCUAAUUUUGAGGAAAAAGAUGUGGUGGAAUAUACUGUAAUUCAAAAUGAAGAUGGCACAGAGUCUAUGAUAGUUUCAUCGGAAAAUAUGGAAAAUGUAGAAACUUUAAAUGAAAGUUAUAGAACUCUGAAUAAUUGUCAAAUGAUAGAACAAGGUCUCAGUGUCUUGCAUGUGUCUGAAGCAGUAGCAGAAGUAGCUGAACCUGAAGUGGAAUCUAAAAGUGAAGUGGUUACGGAGAAUGAUAAAAGUAUUCAACCAUUAUGUGAUUCCGAUACUAGUGAAACUGUGAAAAUGGAUGAAAAUGAACCUAAAAAGGAAUAUCGAUCUUUAAGAAGUGUGACUAGAGGUGUCAAAAGUACCAGAACUAGAAAGUCAGCUGCUACAGCUGAUGAAACUGUUAAAAAUGAGAGUGAUGGUAGAAGGCGAAAGACAGAUAGUAAAAAAGCAGCUUCUACAGAAGCCAAGUCAUCAAGUGUAGGGGGUAAAGAAAAGUCAAUAAAAUCUAGAAGAGCUAAUGUUCAAGUAUCCACUAGUGUAAUUGAACAAAAUAAUACUCAAAAUUCAACAGAUUUAUUACAAAAAUCUGUGACAUUGAGUCAGGAGGAUGAUAAUAGUUCAUCGAUGUCUGAUAAAAUAGAACACCAAGAGACAUCCGAUGUUUCUACAUCUGAUUAUUUAAAAGAUAAUAAAAAUGUAAAUAAUAGUAUAAUUUCGGAACAAGCAAGUAUUUCACCACCUCCAGAUUUAAAAAUCGAGAUUGCAAAUCGUUUGCCUGCAAAAUCGAAAAAUGUACUAUUUGGUAAUGAAGAGCAUUCUAGAGAUAGUGAAAUGGAUGGAAAAAUAGACUCUGAAGAUACUAAAAUUUCAAGUAGUAGCGAAAACAGCAAUGAUACUCUCUUAUCAUCUCAUAGCUGCAAAAAUUCAGAUUCUAACAUGGACAACAAAAGCGCAUUAAAUCAAGCCAAUGAUACUGCUGAAAAGAAACCAGGUUUUAGAAGUCGCAGUGGAAGUACAGAUACAACAGGGUCAGAAAGUGGAUCUAAUAGCUCUGGUGUUCGUCGCAGUAAUAGAAUCAGAACCAUAGGAUUGAUGAAACAAAGAUCUCGUGGCCGUGGUUUAGUUACAAAACCAUCUGUGGAUCCAACUAAAACAGCUAUUCAACAAGAUCGUGAUAAGCUGGCAAGUAAUACACCACCAAUUCUGGAUAAAGAUAAUAAUCAAGGUAAAGAUGUUCUGGAGACUAUACUUGAAACGCAAUCAGACAAGGAAAACAGUAGCAAUAAAACGACGACUGCUCAGGACGUUCUUACGCCGUUGAUAUCUGCCACAGGGACAACGGGAUAUGAUUCUGAUUCGAAUAAGCCUGUUAAGGUUAAAUCGCGCUGGCGUCGAUCUAGUGAGUUAGAAAUGAGCAAUUCAGGAUGGUCUGCAUCACGACCGGCUUUAGGUUUUCCUAAUCCCACAGUGACAGGAACUCCGAUCGGAACUGUGUCUAAUACGUUAAGUGAUACAAUUAAUAAAUUACCGCCUUUACCUGUAGGGUUACCGCAAGAAUCGAAAACAACGACGGACAUUCAAGAUUCGGUAUCGGUUGUUCCUUCGCAAAACAGUUUAGAUAUUUGUAGUAGCAGUGACAGUUCGAUAGUUGCGAAUAGUUCGUCAACUAGUGCUGCUGUCUCGACGCUCAUCCCAAAAGCUGUAGGAGCUAGAAUUUCUUUACCUAAUGUUCCUGUAGUUGCUGACAGAGAAAUGGAGGAGAGAUUAAGUCAAUUCGAACAUUUGAAAGAAAAUUUGUAUUUAACUGAGCGAUUCACAAGCAAAGAAACAAAACGAAUGGUAUGUGAAUGCUUUUUAACAGAAGAAGAGUUUCAAAGAGGAGAGCUUGGUUGUGGGGAAGAUUGCCUGAAUAGGCUUUUAAUGAUUGAAUGUGGAUCAAGAUGCGUGGUCGGCGAUAGAUGCACGAAUAAACGAUUUCAGAAUUGUGAAUAUGCUAAUUGUGAAGUUUUCAGAACAGAAAAGAAAGGUUUCGGUUUAAGAGCUACAACUAAUCUUGAAGCGGGUGACUUUAUAAUGGAAUACGUCGGUGAAGUACUUGAUCCAAAAGAUUUUAGAAAACGAGCAAAAGAAUAUUCUAAAGACAAAAACAGACACUACUAUUUUAUGGCACUCAAAUCUGAUCAAAUUAUUGACGCGACAAUGAAGGGAAAUAUUUCCCGUUUUAUUAAUCACAGUUGUGAUCCGAACGCUGAGACUCAAAAGUGGACUGUUAAUGGGGAAUUGAGAAUUGGAUUUUUUAAUAAAAAAUUCGUUGCUGCUGGAGAAGAAAUCACUUUCGAUUAUCAUUUUCAACGAUAUGGAAAAGAGGCACAAAAAUGCUUUUGCGAAGCAACCAAUUGUCGCGGUUGGAUUGGUGAUAAACCAGAAGAUAAUAAGAAAUCAUCUUUAGCGGAAGAAAUGGAAGAUACGUCAAGUUCUUCAGAAAGUGAUGUUGAAGAUGCAGAAGAUAACAAAGAAGAAGAAGAAGACGUCGAUAAACCAGAAACGCCUGUAAAACCCGUAAGGAGAAGAAGAAGAAAGCGAGUGGAGAAAAAAGUCACAGAACACAUGGAAGAUGAAGAUUUGGAAGAGCAAAUUGAUAAAUUGUGCGCAAGCGGCCUGAAGAAUCGCGCUCACACGUUAACUCUCAGUCGUUUGAUGGUUCGUAGCAGGGAGAUCCAACACAGAACGCGUCUUCUGAAGGUGAUACGAUUCGGAGAGCAAGCAUGUCGCAGAUUAUUCUUAGACUAUCAUGGCUUACGGUUGAUGUGGGGUUACAUGAUGGAUGUAGCUGGAAGCUCAACCGACGAAGUUCAACAAUUUAGACUGGAGAUUUUAAAAACUCUUAGUACACUGCCAAUUCCUAAUAGGAGUAUGCUAAUCGACAGCAAAGUUCUUAGCGUUAUAGAAAAAUGGUCGAAACAGCUGUAUCAAUCAAGCGGCGAGUCACCCGAAGAUGAUCAGUCCAAGCCCAAGUCCAGUAAUGAAGAAACUGAAAUGGAUACUAGCAAGAAACCUAACGCAGAAAGCGAAACUAAUGUCGUGAAAAAGGAAUCCGAGUUGGAGAUCAAAUGCGAAGGCAAUGCACAAGUUCUUGAUCCAACGCUCAUUUCCGAGUUGGCGAACAAUUUGUUAGUCAGUUGGUCUAACUUAAAAGAAGUUUUUAGAAUACCAAAGAAAGAACGUAUUGAGCAAAUGAAAGAGCACGAAAGAGAAGCAGAUCGUGGAUAUAAAGAAGACGUAGAAAAAGAAGCAAGAGAAUCUAGUUCAUACGAAAGACACAGAUCUGAUAGAUAUAGUCGCAAUGAAUUAGAAAAGCGUCCAGAUAGAAGAAGAGGUAGAGACUCGCCCGAUUUCGAGCAUAGCCGAGCCAAGGAUAAGAGAACGCUGGAGGAACGACCAAACCUUGUGCAAGUUCCACGUCUGUCAAAAUUCGAACGAAGACAAUUAUUUGCUAUGAAGGUAGCAAAAGAGGAAGAAGAACGACAGCGACGUCAACAAGAAGAAUCGUGGCAGCAGCAUCAAGCACAAUGCAUAGCUCUAGGUUUGGAUCCUUAUGCAACUCCUGCUUUUGAUCCUCAAACGGGCUAUCAUUUAUUCUUCAAUCCUCAGUUGAGCCAAUGGCAACCUUAUCCCUCCAUUCAAGAAGGUGCUGCAGAAAUUGCUCAGCAGGUUACUCCUGUUUACAUGGGACCAGGCGGUUCUGUGGUAGCAUCACCAGCAGGAGCAAUAGUCGGUACUCCUCAGCCACCUCUAUAUCCAAUAGGCCAACCUCCACCUCCUUAUGGUACUCCGCUGAUACAGCUGGGUCCAGGCAAUCUCAUACCGAUGCCUAAUGGCACUGCACCAUUGUAUGUUGAAAAGUUGCCAGAGCCGGAGUCCGAACAGCAGAUACCAGUUGUGUUGGCGGAACCUGAGCCUGAAGUAGAGGCUACCCCUGUCCCGCCACCGCCUUUAGAUCUGCCGCCCAAAUGGAAGUGGGCGCGGGAUAAGCGCGGUAGAGUUUAUUAUUAUCACGUGAAGGAGAGAGUGUCACAGUGGUUACCGCCGCCACCGGAUCACAUUGCCGUCCAACCGGAUUCCUCGACAACGUCCGAAUCAAGCGACGAGUCGAGUUCCUCCAACGAAGAAGAGGAUGAUGUCGAAGAGCAGCUGGAUCAGACAGCCGAGGGCAUGGAGGUAGACGCGUCUGAAGUCGCUGUGGCGAUACCUCAACCAGAGGGCAAGAAACGAAGAGACGGGCUCGUUCAGGAGAGGAUUAUUAGUCCCCGAAGAGAAGAAGAUCGCGUCGAUCAUAAGAAGUAUAAAGAAAUUAAGGAGAAAUUAAGAAGACAAAAGGAAAGGGCUAAAUUAAAGGAACAUUUCGAAAAAAUGAAAAAACAUAGACGAAGUAGUAAAUCCAAGUCUCACGCGAAACACGCCAGCAGCAAAUUUCAACCAAUCACGUCGGACAUGUCUCCUACGACGGAAAGAAGAAUCAAAGAUACGUUUAGAAUUAACAUGGCAAAUGUGAUGGUACAUUUCUUGAAUCCAUACAGAAAAAGUGACUGCAAGCAAGGUAGGAUCACCAAUACCGACGACUUUAAGCAUCUUGCGCGCAAGCUGACGCAUUUCGUUCUCGCAAAAGAACUGAAGCACUGUAAAAGUGUCGAUGAAUUGGAGUGCAAUGACAAUGUAAAACAUAAGGCUAAGGACUUUGUUCGAAAAUACAUGAGUAAGUUUGGUGCAGUGUACCAGAAAGGUACAGAUGAAGACUAGUUUAAAUGGUAGUUUAGACGAAGUGAUUUUUGUUAUUUAUUACGCGAAUGUUCAUCUUUAUCGUUUUGUGUAUUGUUUGAGUGCUCGCGUGUAGAUAACCCGCGCGGAGUGUAGAAACACUGUAAAAUAUUGAUCACUUUUUAUGAUGGAUGAAAUAGCGCAAGAUAAUUAUAGUGAUUGUUGUUAGAUAUUUCAUUUUUUAAUUUCGAAAGUUUUGUACAAAUAAUUGAUUUACUAAACAUGCAGGAACUUUCUUGAGCUGUUUUCUUAUUCUCAUUUUGUAAAUUGUUCGCAUUGAAUCAUGGAUUCAUGUAUCAAGAAAACAAACUGUUAUAAAUGUAAAAUUUGAGCUACGUGUAAACAGCGAAAAACUUAUGUGUAUAUAUUAUUAUUUACCAUAAAAAGCGAGUUUACAACAAUA